AUGCCGCAAUCGACCCUGAACCCGUCACUUCCUCAUGAUUUGCUGUUGAGCUGCAUCGCACGCGUCUCGAGGUUGUACUAUCCGACUCUCUCCCUCGUCUCUAAGAGCUUUCGAUCGCUCAUUGCCUCGCCGGAGCUAUACAAGGCCCGAUCACUCUUGGGCCACACGGAGAGUUGUCUCUACGUGUGCAUGGAAAGAUGUGGCCCACAAAGUCCUAUCUGGUACACUCUCUGCCGGAAACCUAAUAAAACCGAAACAGAAAGAGGAGGGUACGUUUUGGCUAAAGUCCCAAUUCCGGAGGAUUCUCCUGGUGUGAUCCUAUCGGGUCUUGUGGCGGUUGGUUCAAGUAUCUACAACAUUGGCGGAUACGAUGUCCUCUCCAUGACCAAGAUGUUCUACUCGAGCGUCUCGAUACUGGAUUGUCGGUCUCACACGUUGAGCGAGGCUCCAAGCUUGCUGGCUCCGCUCCGUUUGCUUUCUGCAAGCGUCAUUGAUAUAUGUAUCAGGUCGCAGUGA